ACACACACACACACACACAAAAACCAGGCCAAUCGUCGCUUAUUCUGCUAGCUAGGAGCUAGCAAUGGAAGCAGCUGGAGGGACGGCAAGACGACCUGCCGGCCUCGGGCUCCUCGUCCUCCUCUACUCAUCGUUGCUCCUCAACGUGUUCUUCUUCGCGCACCACUUCGUAUCGCCGUCCCACUUGCUCGGCGCGGCCGGUGACUGCGACUGCGGGUUAAGCUGGGCGCUGCAGGCGGCCAGGGAGGCCGAGGCGGUGGCCGCCACGGACUGCUCGGGCCACGGGCAUGUAUUCCUGGAUGGCAUCGCCGCCGAGGACGGGCGGCCCGGGUGCGAGUGCAACCACUGUUUCGGCGGGCCGGACUGCUCCCUCCGGACGCCCAACUGCACCGCCGACGCCGACAGCGGGGACCCGUUGUUCCUGGAGCCUUACUGGAUCCGUCACGCGGCUGCCGGCGCCGUGGUGGUCUCCGGGUGGCACCGCCUGAGCUACAGGACCACGAACGGCCUCUUCCAAUCCGUCGAGCUCGAGAACCAGAUCCGGCGGCUGCACAGGGCCGUCGGCAACGCCGUCGUCGACGACAAGCAUCUGGUCUUUGGCGCCGGCUCCAUGCAGCUCAUCAACGCGCUGGUGUACGCGCUCUCCCCGGAAGCCAACGCUGCCUCGCCACCGGCCCUCGUCGUCGCCACCGCGCCGUAUUACCCGGCAUACAGAAUACAGACCGCGAUGUUCGAUGGCCGGGAGUACAAAUGGGGCGGAACGACAUCUGUAUGGGCCAACGCGUUGCGGAACUCCACCGGCAGCUUAAUCGAGUUCGUCACGUCGCCGAACAACCCCGACGCUCUUCUCCAUAAACCCGUCCUUGGUGCCUCGGCGGCGGCGAUCGUCGACCACGCGUACUACUGGCCGCACUUCACGCACAUCCCGGAGCCGGCCGACGAGGACGUCAUGAUGUUCACCAUGUCCAAGCCCUCCGGCCAUGCCGGCAGCAGAUUGGGAUGGGCGCUGAUCAGGGAUGAGAAUGUGGCCAAGAGGGCAAAAGAGUACGUGCAGAGUAGCAUUAUGGGCGCGUCCCGGGACACCCAGCUGCGGAUGCUGGGGAUCGUGAAGGUCAUGCUGGCCAACCUGCACGGCGAGGAGGACAUAUUCACCUUCGGGCACAAUGUGAUGCGAGCCAGAUGGCGCAGGCUGAACGCCGUCGUGUCGCGGUCCCGCCGCAUCUCGCUGCAGAAGAUCCCUCCCCAGUACUGCACGUACUUCAAGCGGAUCAGAGAGCCGUCGCCAGCCUAUGCUUGGGUGAAGUGCGAGAGGGAGGAAGACGACGACUGCUCCGAGGCACUGCUGAAGGCAAAUAUCAUCACACGUACCGGCGUCAGCAACGAGGCGGGCAGCCGGUACACGAGGAUAAGCCUCCUCAAGUCGGAUGACGACUUCGACGUGCUCAUGGAGAGGGUCACAGAUCUUGUCAAUGCCGAGAAAUAUGAGGCGCCUGGUUCGAGCUCCAUGUGAUGUGGGAAUCCACGGGUGCUUGGAUGAAUACCUAAAAAAUACUGGAGCGAUCAACUCGAAGUUGAUUGUUUUAGUAUAGCAGGUGUACUGGAAAUGAUCAGCUACGCGUUGAUUGUUGUCAGAGUAAGUGAUGAAUAGAAGAAGAAAAAAGUAGUGCCGGGAGAUAUAUAUGUGAUUAAUCGAUAAUAAAUAAUUGUGUAUUCGGUGAUGCGUGAAGCUAUGUAAAUAAUUGAAUUGAUAUAAUUUUUUGCAGCGAUGCGAUUACUGCAGUAACAAACAUGGGUAGCGAUUUGAA